AUGGAUUCUAAGUCAGUCGAGGAUAUGAUAGAGGCAUCAUCAGGGGUUCAUUUUUCUGGGUUUCAUAUGGAUGGUUUGGAGCCGAGAAAUACAGAGGUGGCGCAACCGACGAUGUCGGCAGCUGAAGAGAUGCAUAAGCAACCCUUUGUUAUUGAAAAUGAGAACAGCAGAGGAUACACAGGUGUUGCUGGUGGAGCGGCUUCUGGGAAGACUACAGUUUGUGAUAUGAUUAUUCAACAGCUUCAUGAUCAGCGCGUGGUACUUGUUAACCAGGAUUCUUUUUAUCACGAUCUGACUGAAGAGGAACUUACGAGAGUUCAUGAGUACAAUUUUGACCAUCCUGAUGCAUUUAACACUGAGAAACUAUUAUGUGCUAUGGAGAAUUUGAGGCAUGGGCAAGCAGUAGAUAUUCCGAACUAUGACUUCAAGAGUUACAAAAACAAUGUUUUUCCUCAUAGAAGGGUCAAUCCUUCGGAUGUUAUAAUAUUGGAAGGCAUUCUUAUUUUCCAUGAUCCUCGCGUUCGGGAGUUGAUGAACAUGAAGAUAUUUGUUGAUACAGAUGCUGAUGUACGUCUGGCAAGGAGAAUAAGGCGUGAUACUGUUGAGAAGGGUAGAGAUAUUGCUACAGUACUUGAUCAGCCUGCUUUUGAUGACUUCAUACUCCCAACAAAGAAGUAUGCUGACAUCAUCAUUCCUCGUGGAGGAGAUAAUCAUGUAGCUGUUGAUUUGAUUGUGCAACAUAUUCGUACGAAGCUGGGCCAACAUGAUAUGUGUAAAAUAUAUCCCAAUUUAUAUGUCAUUCAAUCAACUUUUCAGGUUGUUGAACAUGGUCUAGGGCAUCUACCAUUUACAGAAAAGCAGGUGACCACUCCCACUGGGUCUGUUUACACCGGUGUGGAUUUCUGUAAGAGGUUAUGUGGUGUCUCUGUUAUUAGGAGUGGCGAGAGUAUGGAGAAUGCUCUACGAGCAUGCUGUAAAGGCAUCAAGAUUGGGAAGAUUCUUAUUCAUAGGGAAGGCGAUAAUGGUCAGCAGCUAAUCUAUGAAAAGUUGCCUCAAGACAUCUCAGAUAGACAUGUGUUGCUAUUGGAUCCCAUUCUAGGGACAGGCAAUUCAGCUGUUCAGGCUAUUUCUUUACUUAUUAGCAAGGGCGUGCCAGAAUCCAACAUCAUAUUUCUUAAUCUCAUAUCUGCGCCUCAGGGAGUGCAUGUGGUCUGCAAAAGAUUCCCAAGAAUUAAGAUUGUAACGUCUGAGAUAGAAAUUGGUUUGAAUGAAGAUUUCCGUGUCAUACCAGGCAUGGGUGAGUUUGGAGAUAGAUAUUUCGGUACAGAUGACGACGACCAACUAGUGGUGGCCGCUACACAAUAG